AUGAUCCCCUCCGUUGCUCUUGUGGCCCUUGCCGCCAGCCCGGCCUUCGCCGGUGUCAUGCAGGCUCGUGGUGAGAACUGGGUUCGUCCUGUUGACGAGCACAAGUCGUCCACCCCCUGCACCACUACCACCCAUCACUCCACCACCCCGUGCACCACCACCACCAAGCCUCACUCUAGCUCCGUGAAGCCCACUACCAAGACCAUCACAGUUGUGACCACCUCUUGCCCUGUCACCUCGUCCACUGUCACCUCUGGACACAAGACCUUCACUGUCCCUGUCACUCAGACUAGCACCGUCACCCAGACCAGCACUAUUGUCUGCACUCAGUGUGAAGAGAUCCCGGCCACCGUCAAUAAGGUCACUUCCACCCCUAGCAAGGCUCCCCCUGCUCCGGUUGUGAAGCCCUCCAAGCCGGCUGUUCCUUCCAAGCAGCCCUCUGCUGUUCCCUCAGCCCCUGCUGUACCCUCAGCCCCUGCUCAGCCCGAGAUUCCUGCUCAGCCCGUGAUUCCUGCUCAGUCCGAGACUCCUGCUCAGCCCGAGAUUCCCGCUCAGUCCGAGACUCCCGCUCAGCCCUCGAUUCCUGCUCAGCCCGAGAUUUCCGCUCAGCCCUCGGCUUCUGCCCAGCCCGAGAUUCCUGCUCAGCCUGAGACUCCCGCUCAGCCCUCUACCCCAGCUGUGCAGCAGCCCAGCGCCAGCGCUGUCCCCUUCACUGGUGCUGCCUCCAACACCAAGCCCGUUGCCGGCUUCCUGGCUGGUAUCGUCGGCCUGAUGGCUCUACUGUAA